UCCCGGCGAGGUGUGAGGAGGGAAUCAGUCUGGCUGCCGGCUCACUGAGAGCUCGGCGUACCCACGCGGGAGCCGGACAUCGCCGCUUCCUUUCAUCCAUCACACCUUCCCUUUCCGUCUCAUCUCUCGCCCACACCACAUCCCGCCGCCCCACACAACCCCACCCUGGAAUGGAUUGUUAGUGCCAGUGCAAUGGAUGAAGAAUGAUGGAAUUGUUCCAUACCAUCCUGCUGCUCCUAUCGCUUUCCCACAGCCGCUUGAUCACUAGCGCCGACAGGAAAUUCGGCUGCUUGUUUGAAGCUGAUGUGUGCAAACCCUAUGAGAUCUGUGUAAAUGAUGGAAUAUUCGGGAGGUGUCAGCUGGACACGGUGAUAGACGUAGAUAAAUACGAAGUUUCGCCGGCCGAUCUUCAGCACCUCCAGACUAUCCUCCACGAACUGUCCCUCAGAGGUUUAAUGUGGCAUGAUGACAUUACACAGCAGGUAAUUGCUAAAGAGCUAUCCAGACUCCAUCAGGCCCCUCACCCACAUCCUGAAGCUGGCUCCUCAGACAGCUUAAGGGCUACACAAGAAAAGGUUGCAAGUGAGGAAGAUUUUGAUGGGCCAGACCAUGGUGACCUGCAAGGAUUCAAUUCUCUCCAUCAAUACCUUCAGCUCCUCAGAGCUUUCUCACAGCCAGCUAAUCCCAUGUCAUCUCAUAACAGCAGAACUGACAAGAGUGAGACCGCUCAGUCAAGACCCUUCUUGGACGACUUCCUGCAAAGUAACCGAGAGAAAUCUCCACCAAGUCAUUUCCUCGCAUUUCACCGUCAAUUUCCCGACAACAAACAAGCUCAACCUGGGCCCUUGAGACUUCUCAAGCAAGAGAGAAACAAGCUUGAGGCACAAGGGCAUGCCCCUGUCAGUGAGCCCAUCGACAAAAAGCAACUGAUAGAGCUCCUGGAGAGUUAUUUGACCCAGAAACUGGCAGUGCAGGCGGCCAUGACAGGGAAUGAUCCAGACGUCAGGUUUAAGGAAGCACUGGGCUCAUGGAGGAGCAAGCAGCAGGAAGGACCCAAUAAGGACAGCCAGAGGGGUUAUCUGAGGAUCGAAGUGCAUCGUCCGAAAGUUGAUGACAGAUUGCCAGAGGUGAAAGAGGAGAAAGUGCUGCAUAAAUCCAGCGCAGGGAAAAUCGAUGGAAACAAUCUGCUAAGCAACAUGGACGAAAAUUUUGUUCAUUCUGUGGUGCAGCAGCUUGGGACACAGCAUGUAAAUCUCGACAGUCUGACUUCCAAACAGCUGGAUGAAUUGUCCGAUGCCAUCGCUAGUGCUUUGCAAGUUGUAGAUGAUGAGUCUACCCAUGAUGGCAGCAGGAACAGCUUCGAGACUGAGCAAGAGCUUCGACAGAAGGAAGAAGAGAAAGCGAUGAAGAGAACUGAGCUCGAUCUGGACAAACACGACGAUGAAUUCAAGGAAGGCCUCCCUGAGCAGAGUCAGACUUUCAAAACAGCGGCUGAGAGCGAUGAAGUCAAGAAAAGCCUUACUGACAUUUUGAAUGUUGACUCCUUGUACACAAGACCUCUCAAAAACCAAGUCAAAAUGUUUGGUUCCUCAAGUAAAGAAAAUUUUGGGAUUGAAAAUGUGAAAAGCAAUACUAUCACCAGAGAAGUAACCAACACCAUGAAGUCAGAAGAUGGCAUCUUUGGCUCUGUAGAAGAGCCAAAUCGAAGGGUCGAUGGAAGUCUGAUGUACAAGGAGCCACAGAAGAAGAACUCUCAGUUGGGAGAUCAGCGCCUGGAUGUAUCAUCAUCUGAAGCGAACAUGUACGGCUAUAUUAUGACCCAGCAAAACCCCCUGAGUUCUGAGAAAGGCUUGGAAUUAAUGGAAUAUUUGGCACAUCUUCUGAAGCUGCAAAUGAGUGCCUUCGAAGAUAUCAGUAUGCUGGGACCAGCUGUGAUCUUCCAAGUCAAAGCCAUUGGUGAGAACGUGUCAACAGCUGAUGUGGUGAACAUAGCAGAGAUCAACAAGGAGAAACUUGAAAAAGAAACAGGAUUAAAAAUUUUGAGAACUGGCAUGAGAGAAAAGAGCAAACUACUGGCUUUUCCCCAACAAGCCAACGAAGAGGACUCGACCAAAUUUAUUAUCUUAACAAUAAUCUCCAUCGUCUGCAUCAUUGGGGUUCUCAUUGCAUCAGGGGUCAUCUACUGCCUCAGGCACCGUUCUCAUGAGAAACUGAAGGCAAAGCUGGGCACAUUGGGACAUGAUGCCACCACCGGUUCAGAUGCCACGAACGCCUACCAGGAGCUUUGCCGCCAGCGUAUGGCUGUCAAGACAUCAGAGCGUCCGGAGACCGCUCACGCCUCUCGCGUCAAUAGCGUCUCCUCUCAGUUCAGUGAUGGCCCACAGCCCAGUCCUUCUACACGGAGUAGCACCUCUUCGUGGUGUGAGGAGCCGGUUCAGUCUAACAUGGACAUCUCCACUGGACACAUGAUACUGUCUUAUAUGGAGGACCAUCUGAGGAACAAGAACCGACUGGAGAAAGAAUGGGAAGCGCUGGCUGCCUACCAGGCUGAACCAAACACCAGCAGCAUUGCAGAGAGGGAGGAGAAUGAAAAGAAGAACAGAUCUCAGCUGGUUGUGCCAUAUGAUCACUCCAGAAUAACAUUGAAAGUUGAAUCGAGUCAUUCAAAUUCGGACUACAUCAAUGCAAGCCCAAUUAUGGAUCAUGACCCUAGGAAUCCUGCAUACAUUGCUGCUCAAGGUCCCCUCCCUGCCACUGUUGCAGAUUUCUGGCAGAUGGUUUGGGAGAAUGGCUGCGUUGUUAUCGUCAUGCUGACCCCCUUAACAGAGAACGGAGUCAAGCAAUGCUAUCACUAUUGGCCAGAUGAGGGUUCAAACCUCUACCACAUCUAUGAGGUUAACCUUGUCUCUGAGCACAUCUGGUGUGAAGAUUUCCUGGUACGCAGCUUUUACCUCAAAAACCUCCAGACAAAUGAGACACGCACAGUGACUCAAUUCCACUUCCUGAGCUGGUUUGACCAAGCUGUCCCCUCGUCCACCAGGAUCCUCUUGGACUUCCGCAGAAAGGUAAACAAGUGCUACAGGGGACGCUCAUGUCCGAUAAUUGUUCACUGCAGUGAUGGCGCCGGAAGAUGUGGGACCUACAUUCUCAUUGACAUGGUUCUGAAUAGGAUGGCCAAAGGUGCUAAGGAGAUCGAUAUAGCUGCUACGCUGGAACAUUUGCGAGACCAGAGACCAAUGAUGGUUCAGACAAAGGACCAGUUUGAGUUUGCAUUGACAGCAGUAGCUGAGGAGGUGAACGCCAUCCUGAAGGCACUACCACAGUGAGAGCCAACUGGGGACCCCUCGUGGCUCCGACUCUUUAAUCCUGCCGAUCUCCGUGAAUGUUGUAGAAAACGUGAUCUGAUCUUGGCUGUGUAACUUCUCUUUUAACACCUUUAGAAAAUGUGUCCCUUCAACAUCUGUAAUUGAUGCAAAAUCUUAGCUUGAGAAAAUAAACUCGGAAUGGUUUCAAAGUGGAAAGAACUAAAGAUCAGAUGAGAAGUAUUUGCACAUUUUUUUUUGGGACUGGACAGAACUGGGUACAAAAUACUUGAGGAGAACGCCCAGAAGGCAUUCACGGCAGAUCUGAGUACACUGUAAAGUCAGAAUUUUAAAAACACAAUAUUUUAUUUUCUCUUCAUCCUGAUAUUGUAAGGUUUAGAACAGCCUCUCAGCAGUAAUCCCACAGUAUAUUAAAACUAUAGCUGGCAUGAACUGCAUCAGUAUUUUAUAAUGGCCAUAUGACUGCACCUCCCUCUGCUCCUUAGUUAUUGUUCCCAGUCUAUCUGCGAUGCUAUCAAUCCACAGUAGCGAUUUAACUUGCACAGUGUUCCUGCGUAAUGCAGUUGGCAUCACAAGAUAGUUACAACUGGUUGGUUAUGGUACUUGGUAUUAGACUUCAGGAAAUUACUUCGCGCGUAAUUCUUUCGGCAUCGAAAGGAGCACCUUUAAAGUCUGCGAUAAAAUCUUUUUGAAAGUAUUUUGAGGAAAGUGGUCAGCAUUGGUACCAAUGAAUUAUUUUUGGAAGUACCUGCACUUGAACCAUAUUUAUGUUUUCUCCAUAUAGGAGUCAUUCUCCUUCAUGCUAUCCUCUCUCGCAUACAGAUCUGGGAGGCGGGCAGGUUUAACUGUGCUACUGACAUGCCCUCACUUCUCCUGAAGAUUCUCAUGGCCAUCCCUCAAAGCACCUAAUUAAACUUGUUAACUUACUGUCUAAGGACAUCAUACAGACCUGCCCACUGAAAGGUGGAAUAAUUUCUCUAUCCCUGGCUAAGUCUCUUUUGGAAGCGUCCUUCUGCUAUCCCUAAGCUUUAUCCAAUCUCAGCUGCACUGUAGAAUCCCAGGGCCAGUGAGUCUAACAAAUAUUUCAACAAUAAUCUGCACAGAAUUAUCGAUUGGUAACUUGCCACAGCCACUCAGUUAGAAUGUUGAAUGUAGUAAAUUGUAGUGUGAUUAGUGCUGGUGAAUCUUUCAUUCCUCACAUGUGCUGUGUUUGGAUAUAUUGUUAGCCCCUGGAAGAAUCUCACAUUAUGAAAAGAAUGGAGAGGAUGAUCUAAAAAUAGUACAUCUAGACAGUCCGUCUAAAGCCCUGACACGUCACACAACAAUGAGCAAAGGCAAACAACUCUGUUAGGUCUGUAGAGGAGCUCAGGUUACUAUCAGUCAGGUCUUUCAUCACACUGAAGAGAAAGGUGAUCGUCUGAAUUUAACACUAGAACACAUUACUGAGACAAUUUAUACAACCUGUUUCCCCAGCCACUCCUUGAUAAAGAGCACUCAUUGUCUGUUAAAGAAAAUACUUCUCCCUCACAUACACAUCAGAUUUAUUGGAAAAUAUCUCCUUAUACCUGAUGGGGUUUCUGAGUUCAAAUCCAGUGUAAGCUGAUGUGUUGAUGCCCCUUUCCCACUGGGUACACAGGAAUUGUAAGUGAAAAUGUUUUGGACAAUCAUACUUGAGUCCUGAUGGUCAGAACAGGUCAUUAUAAAGCAUAUCCAUAUGUUAGCACCGACACUGAGAGUAACCCAACAAUCAGAUUCCCAGAAAUAUGAUAAGUCACAAUGGUGCUGUUAAUACUACUGAGGCUUGUGUUUAGGCAUACUAUUGAGGUAUAUUGAAAGGGGCCACAGGCAAUAGAUCUAAGCCAUACCCUUCAUGAUGUGAAAGCACUUGACUAUUUUUGUUGAUCUUCAGUGCAAGGCUGACAUGAUAGUCCAGCUGCAUUUAUUUCUUUACUGUACAGUUUGCAAGUUCAGCAGCCGAAAGGAAGCAAUGAAACUCCCCCUCCUCAAGAGCAAAAUGCAGUGUUGAUGUGAUUAUUGAUCAGGCUCUUAUUGAACUCCCAGUUUCUGUCCUGUCCCAUUUAAAGUGGCAUAAUCUCAACUGAUUAUUUUUUGAGGAUUCUUCAAUUUCCGGUUGAGUUUCAAUGUCAACAUUAUAGGUAGAAGUCCUAAGUGUUUGGUUUUAUUCAAUUCUGACAAUUACUACAGUCUGUUGCAAAUUCGAUGUUGACACAGAAUAUAUAGUCUUUGUCUGUAAAUAGUCCUAGUCAUGUAAGACCAAUCUUAUAUAUGCCUCUUAAGGAUAUAUUUCAAUUGUUUUAGCUUCACAAAGACAGCACUCUUUUUAAUCGCUUGUGGGUUCUGUUGUGUUAAGUCUUCAAAAGUAGCCUAAUGUUUGCCUCUUACUGAUCACUGGUACUUUCCUUUUAUCUAAUAAAUAAUCGGUAUUAUUUCCUAAUUAAAA